AUGUCUACUCCAGUUGACACCUCUUUGACCGGCCUCAAGGAAAUCACUGCCAAGAUCAUGGCCAUCAUCACCGGCGCUCGGCAGCUUCCUCCGGGCCACAGCCACUUUUCUCUGACAACCCAGGUCAGUACACUCGUGGCUGAUGUGGUCCGGCGCUAUGGGAGUGGUCCCUACCUUCCGGGUCUCGUGUGUUCAGUGCUCAAUGGAGUUAAUUCGUGUAUGGGGCAUGACUCCUCAGGUCUUGCCCUACUGGCACAGCAUCAGGGUAUGAUGAUACCCGUGAUCACACCUUCGAUCUCCCAGGUCGUGGCCAGUCCUUCAAUAGGUCCAAUUCCUGUGGAUCUUCCACCCUGGCCUGUCAUCGCCGGGCCUUCUACCAACCCUGCCUCCGAGUCCCGGGAGAAGGGAAAAGCACUUCCCUCCCAACCCCCGAAGUCCACUAUGAAGACUCGGAAGCAGGCAAAGACCACCGGCCUUGCCAAAUUCAAGGUGUUUGUUGAGUUGGAAGAUGAGGAGGACUCAGUCACUCAGAGGUCGUCCUCCCCCAGCUCUCCCCAGAUGUUGCAAGGACGUCUGGAUCACCUCGGUUACCCCUGUAGCCUGAAGAAGAAACCCUUCGGGCCUGCUACGGCAAAUGUCCAGAGGUCAUCACACCCCCUCGGGCAACUUCCCGAACCUCCAGUAGAGGCGCCCCCAGUCAUCGAUGCAGGUGAUAUACUUAUUCCUGGACCCAACAACCCUUGCCAGGCUUGCCACAAGAUGGAAUGGCCCUGCGCAACUCAGCUUGACAAGAGGACUGGCUGCCCCGUGCAUGUCCUGCGUCUACUGUACCACCAAGAAGAUCAAGUGUAUCUCUGUGAGAGGACCAGAUCCAAGACCCCUUCCAAAGCUCCCUCCACAGCUCUGGCUGCCUCGCAAUCCACCAGCCAGACACGGAGUGAAUCUUGGGUCUCUUCUGUCACUCCUGGUCCAUCUUGUGCCCAAACACCAAAGGCGCAAACACACGGUCGCAGCAAGACUGUCACUGCUGCCUCACAGAUGCCCGGCAAAAUUGUGAAACCGGAUGAUCUGGACAAUCUUUUCUCAGAGUAUGAUUUAGUUGAGUGCGGUGAACCUUCUGGUGAGGAUGUUGACAUGACUACAUAA